GUCACACUGCUAUUGUAAAUUGUAAACAAAGUGAAGUUGAUAAGAAAAAUGGUUUGCGAGAAGUGUGAGGCCAAAUUGUCCAAAGUAUCUGCCCCAAAUCCUUGGCGAACUAGCACCGCUCCCGCUGGGGGCCGGAAAAUCAACGAGAACAAAGCGCUAUCAUCGGCACGCGAGAGGUACAAUCCCAUAGGCACCACUUUGGCACCUUGCCGGAUUUGCCGGCAAAAGGUGCAUCAGAUGGGAGCCCACUACUGUCAGGCGUGCGCAUACAAAAAGGCCAUCUGCGCCAUGUGCGGCAAAAAGAUCCUGAACACCAAGAACUACAAGCAGAGCUCAACGUGAUGUCUUUUAUCAAAGGAUACGCUUAAGCCUAAACUAGCCAUAGACAAACGAAUUAUAAUAAUAAUAAGCCCAG